AUGGAUUUUAAUGAAACCAGAUUUUUAGAAAAAUAUUUAAAAGAGGCGUUAAAUCGAAAACAUGAGGGGAAAUUCACGCCAUUCAAAAAAACCACAAUCGCUUCACUAACCAGUUCCUAUCCGAACAAUAUCAAAGCAGAUGUAGAACCAAAACAACAAGAAUACCAUGUAGUUAAAAAGGUUUGUAAAGAAGGAAAGCUAACUAAUUCGAACUUGACGAAUGGUGUAAACAAUAAUACAGGAGUAUAUAUAGAAGAAUCUGAAAUCAAGGAUUUUAAAGAAAGCGGACUUAAGAUUAUUAAAAGUUGCCAAGUUUGUUUAGUGAUUUUGGCAGGAGGCUUGUCAACGCGUAUGGGCAGCUGUGAGCCGAAAUCACUCAUUCCAGUAACAGUCGUAAAGAGAAAGUGCUUACUACAAUUACACCUUGAGAAAGUCUCAACACUUUUUAGGGUCGCAGGAGCUGAUCCUCACCCGUUUAUUUUCAUCCUGACGUGCAGCUUCAAUCAUCCGCAAAUUCUAGCAUUUUUGAAGAAAAACUCCUUUUUCUCACUAGACCCCUCUCGCGUCGUGUUGGUGAUCCAGUCGAAUCUGCCCUGCUUUAUUGGUGAGGAUUUGAACUUUUCAGAGUACCCAAAGUCUUGCCUCAGCAGUCCUAAAUCCGACUUCAUUGACUUCUCACAGAGGGCAGAUUUUGACAAUUUUUACACCAGAGGAUUCAGAAUGGAUGUUCAAUUUGAAGGACUUGUGACCUCACCGAACGGAAACGGUGAUGUUUUCAAGUCACUUCAAACGUGUUCAGAGUUUAUGGAUAUACUGCCGAAUCUGAAGUGUACACAUGUAAUUAGUGUUGACAACUCCCUAAGUAAGCCAUUGGACCCAGAGUUCAUAGGCUUACAGUCUCAUCUACCCUAUUUCGAUAUGCUGAACAAGUGUAUAUUAAGAAAAGAUGGCGAGAGUUUAGGGGUAUUUUGUGUUAAAGAUUAUCCCCAAAUAAUUGAGUACACUGAGAUAAAUAAUGUGCUAAACACUUGUAACGGGGGUUUUGCUAAUAAGUCAACUGAUACCUCACUGAAUCAGUACUUAAUUGGUAACAUGUGCGACCAUAUCUUUUCAGGUGAGUUUAUAACUAAAGUGUUGGAAAUGAAGUUGUAUGAGGAAAUGCCUUUUCACGCCGCAAAAAAGAGAAUCCCCUACUGGUGCAACGAAACCUUGAGGUUUCUGUUCCCAGAUAAACCAAACGGUUACAAACUUGAGCUUUUCAUCUUCGACAUUAUGCGCUUUACAAAUAACGUAAUGGUACCAAUUCCACAAAAUUAUCCUUUAUUCAAUUUUCUAUGUGUUUUGGUCGAUAGAGAUGAUAACUUUGCACCCUUGAAGAGUUCCUGGGACUUUGAUUUGAAGAAUGAUGAGGCUAUCCAGUACAGGAUGGACAAUCUGUUUAAGAAGUGGCUGUCUCAGGUCAAUUGCACAGUCCUAGGGCUCUCAGAACUUUCUCCAACCCUGUCUUACCAUGGAGAAAAUCUACUCAAGUUUAAAGAUAAAACACUUAAAGGGCCAGUAUACCUUGAAUAA